UCAACACUAUUUGUUCAGUUUGUCGUGGUCAAAUAAUUCAAGUAAAUAAUUACCGUAAGCAUGGUAACUGGCAGCAGAUCUGCGACGACUACUUCUUCAAAGUUGCGAAAGACCUUUGAUCCAGGUUUGGGUUUUCAGUACAGUUUUAAUGCCAACCGAACAUUCAGUCGAAGUGGACGAAGACCUGUUUCGUCACCAGCUAGAAUUAAACAGUCGACACCCAACAAAAAUGACAAAUACGUUUCGCCUGAAGAUGCCAUAGCAAUGGCGCAGUCUCCUACCCCAACUUUCAUCCGAGAGACUUUAGGAGAUUCUCUCAUCAUGUUGCAAAGAGGAUACGAGAAAGUUAAUCCUACCAAGUUCACCAAUUUGACCAAAAUCAUGUCCAAACGACCAACUGAUGUUCCAUUGACUUCCCCACGACAGGAGCUUUCAUCCCCGAGGCUUGUGCGGCAAAUAAAUAAACGUGUAAGAAGCGGAAACUAUAGGGCCGUCAUGGUUAACGCAGCACAGCAAACUUCAGCAGAAGGUUCAAGACCGACGACGAAGAACGCUUGGGGAAAGAGAUCGAUCGAUGUUGUUUUACCACGGUCUUCAGAUUCUUUGCCGGAUGAGAAAUCAAGUUGGGUUUCAUCCAAAGCCAAAUCCUCUCUCGGUUCUUACACCAUGACCGAAGAUCGGUGUGUCCGGUGCACGGAAGUGCCAGAUAUACAAAUUGAAGGAAGGUCGUUAACUAGAAUGCUCACAAAUAAGAACACGUUAAUGGCACGUGAGCACUGUGAGAUAUUAGGAGCUGAAUCGUGUCCGGAUUGUUUGAAAACAAAGAAUCGAAAGCACCAUGAACGGCACUGCGUGAAUUCAACGCCUUCAUUACCUACUGAUGUUUACAAAAUGGCGCUGGUUCACGAGAAAGCUCCUCAUCUCACUAUGCGCCAAGUUCGUCGCAAAAUUCUUGAGGGGGAAAUUUCAGAUAAUGUGGCCCCACUUAUGUAUUGGCCACCGCCCGAGGAAAAUGUGUUGGCAGAAUUUAAUAGAAAUGUGGAAACUGAUCUAGGCUCAAAUACGAAUGAGCAAAAUAUUUCUUCCUUGUCGCUGGGAAGUGAGCCUAAGAAAAUAUCAAGAUCAAAAUCUCGUCGUCUUUUGAGCGGGUUCGAAGCAAUCCAGGAAACAACUGAAAACGAAAACGACGUCGAUGUGUUAGCUGUCGUUGCUAAAUCCAACAAUGAAGAUGAUUUUAACGAAACAGAUACCGAUGCUCCUCACAAUAUGAUUUACAAAAGACACGAUGCGGUUCAGAUGCAAGCGAUAGAUAUCGUUUCGCCGACCGAGUCGAAGGAAAUUAAAAAUACUUCGGAAAGUUUGAGAAAGAAACCUACCAGUAGUUCCCAUAAGUUGCAGUCUAGUCCAGUACAGCACGACGGCAAAGUGUUGAACGUCGACUUGGCUACUGUACUUGCAUUGCAGCAGGAAAGAAAUGAGGUUUCAAGACGUAGUGACAGACCAAAAAGAAACCAUCAUUCGUUUGCCCAGUUAAACAUGUUUACUCGUCAUACUGUACCGUCGAAUGACUUCUUCUUUGACAUAGCGGACCUUUCGGAGAAACUGCGAAACGCGGAGCUUUCGGAAAGAAGCAAACGUUUAAGAGAGCGAGAAAAAGAAGCACUUGCUCUUGCUAUGUUGGCCGCUGCUAGUCCACAGAAUACAGACAACGUUGAAGACCUCAAAGCGGAGACAGCGUCGACUGAUUCAUUUGACUCGGUAAAGCGAGUUACUAAGUUUAACAUGGCAUACGAGCCCCCGGUUUUGUUUGAAAACAAAGGGAGAUACCUUGGUGCUAAGGCACCAAAGCCUGGUUCAAUUGCCAGCACUGUGAAAACCGAAUAGCGACUGAUAGGCUACGUACUGCAUAUUAGAGCGAUGUUAUACAAUAAUAUUCACAUAAAAUUUACUUAAAAAUCGCGUUUAUUGACCGAAAAAUAAAAA